AUGCCCAACAUAGCGAAAGAGAUUUGCAAAAAUAUUCGGAAGGUGGAUUUAAAACCGGAUGAUCUUCUUUCGAGUGGUAUUCUGUUCGAAGGAUCGUUAAGAACAAAUCAAAGCAAACUUUACAACAUACUAGAAAAAAAACAGUUAAUACGUCAAUUAACAUCAGACAUACCGACAAAAAUCGAAUUAACUUCUGAUAAAAGGUUAUUCAUAGAAGAUUUUAUGCUUUAUGAAGACGCAAGAUUUCCAAAGGUUAUAAAAUCUGAGGAAAGUUAUUUUCACGAACUAUUCUCUUUUAUGAAUGCGGUAAAAAAAAUUUGGAAGAAAUCGUCAUACCAAAAUCGGGAUCCAGCGAUCAAUGAAAGGACUUAUUCACAUAAUUUUGUGAAUAGUUUAAUCGAAUUUGUUUUUUUAAACACAAAUGUCGAAAUGCGAUGGGACGGUUCACCAUGCCAAUCGACCAAAUUUAGAGAUAUUAAAGGCGAUGGUCCUAUUCGAUAUCCGGACAUGUUCUCUUACGUUAGAAAUGAUUUCUACGAUCACAGCUACGAAUUUUUUUUUGCUGAGAUAUCAUAUGGUCCGUUUUCAUUAGAUAAUGAAGACCACAUCGGGGAGGAUUUUACUAGGUUGGCAAAGUUCGGAAAUGAUGCAUUAAAUCAUUUUUAUUUUUUUGUAAAGAAAUUUCAGGAAAACGAACAAAUAAUUAAACUAUUAGAUGACUUAAAAAUCAUUUUAGUCCAUUUUUAUGAUAUGAAAAUGAACGUCUAUAUUAUGGACCGAAACUGUGGACCGUUUCGAAAAAUGGUACCAUAUCUAACGAUCAAGUUACCGAUUAUAAUGUGCGAUCUUCGUAAAUCGACUGAUAAUUCUAUUAAUCUGUGCGAACAUUUAAAUUUUAUAAAUAGUCUAAGUAUUCAAAUAAUUAGUAUGGUCAAUGACAUGGUAAAACGAAGACAGUUACUAGAAGAAACAAAAAUAAGUGAUAAUGAUACUAUAACUUCUGUUUUCACGCCUGAAAGCUGA